UGGAAUUGCAUCCCAAGGCGUCGCCAGCUUCGUCUUCCUCGCCGUCCAACUCCCGACUCCAUCUGCUACCAUGGCUGCCACGCACACGCUCGAAGAGUCCUUCCUCCCGAUUGCGCCCACGAGCGACUUUCCCAUCCAGAACCUGCCGUACGGCAUCUUCUCGACGCGCGAUGCGCCCGAGCAGAAGCGCGCCGGUGUGGCCAUCGGCGACUUUGUCCUUGACUUGGCCGUGAUCGCCGCCGCGGGCCACUUUAAGGCCUUCAACGGCUCGGUCUUCGCCGAGCCGACGCUCAACACGUUUAUGGGCCUCGGCAAGGCUUCGUGGGACUCGGCCCGCGCCACGAUCAAGCAUCUCCUCCUCAAGGACACGCCGACGCUCCGCGACGACGCCGCCCUCCGCGCCCGCGCGCUCGUGCCCAUGACCAACGUGCUCAUGCACCUCCCGGCGCGCAUUGGCGACUACACGGACUUUUACUCGAGCCGCGAGCACGCGACGAACGUCGGCAUCAUGUUCCGUGGCAAGGACAAUGCGCUCCAGCCCAACUGGCUCCACUUGCCCGUCGGGUACCACGGUCGCGCGUCGUCGGUCGUUGUCUCGGGCACGGAGAUCCGCCGCCCGCGCGGCCAGGUCCAGGCCGACAACACCGACCCGACCAAGGGCUCGACCUUCUCGGCGUGCCGCAUCCUCGACAUUGAGCUCGAAAUGGGCUUCUUUGUCGGUACCGGCAACAAGCUCGGCGACUCGAUCAACAUUGACGAAGCCGACAACCAUAUCUUUGGCUUCGUCCUCAUGAACGACUGGAGCGCUCGCGACAUUCAAAAGUGGGAGUACGUGCCGCUUGGGCCGUUUGGCGCCAAGAACUUUGCGACGACGAUCUCGCCGUGGGUGGUGCCCCUUGCCGCGCUCGAGGCGUUCCGCACCGAGCCGAGCUUUGGCCCGGAGCAGAACCCGGCGCCGCUGCCGUACCUCCUUGACCGCAACUACGCCCGUGGCACGUACGACAUCAAGCUCGAGGUCGACCUCAAGCCCGAGAAUGGCAAGGCGGCGACGAUCUCCAAGAGCAACUACAAGAACAUGUACUGGAACCCCAAGCAGCAGCUCGUGCACCACACGGUGACGGGCUGCAACAUGCAGCCGGGCGACUUGCUCGGCAGCGGCACCAUCUCGGGCGUCGCCCAAGAUAGCUUUGGCUCGCUGCUCGAGCUCAGCUGGCAGGGCUCGCGCGAGAUCCAGAUUGCGGACGGCGAGACGCGCAAGUUCCUCAAGGACGGCGACUCGGUCAACAUCCGCGGCUUUUGCCAGGGCCAGGGCUACCGCAUCGGCUUUGGCGACUGCGAGGGCAAGGUCCUCCCCGCCCACCUCUAAAUGCGCCUUUAACUAUAACCGUACUCCCUUGUUUCUUCG